UUUUUUCAAGAAAUGACGAGAGGAUAUUCAUUGGAAAAAGAUUUAAGAUUAUUAAUAAAUAAUCCAAAAUAUAGUGAUAUAGAAAUUUUAUGUGAAGAUGAAAAGAAAUUAUAUGGUUGUAGAGCAAUUUUAGCAGCAAGAUCCGAAGUAUUUGAUAGAUUACUUUAUAAUGGGAUGAAAGAAAGUUAUGAAAAUAAAAUUUCUUUUCCAAAGAUUAAAUCUUCUGGAAUGGAAAUUGUAUUAGAAUAUACUUAUACAGGAUCAAUUAAAGAAGAAUCUUUAACAAAGGAUAAUAUAAUUGAAGCUUUUUACGCUGCUGACUAUUUUCAAUUACAAGACCUUCAGGAUUUUAUUAUGAAAGGUUUCAAAAAUACAUUAGAAAAAAAAUCUACCGAAAAUUAUUCACCAGAAUUAUUAUCUAAAUUUGCAGGAAAAAUGCCAUUAACAGUAGAUAAUAUUCUACUAAACUUAUUGGUUGAAGCGGUAGCAACUAUUCCAUUAAACACAAUUGAAUUUGGUCGAUUAUCUAUUGCGGGUCUUCAAUAUCUUUUAUCAUGUACAUAUGAAAAAGAAAAGCCUUUUGCAACCCGAGAAUAUGAACUUUUUCGAUAUAGUGCUAUUCUUGUAGCAAAACAAGUUUCUAAUGAUGCAUUUAAAACUUUUUUGAAACGAUUGCCAACCUUAGACCAAUUAGAGAAUUCAAUGAUCCAAGUAGAAAAUGAACCUAUCCCCGAUUAUCAAAAAAUUGCUAAAGAAUUGGAACCUUUGAUUGAAUUUAUUGAUUUCA